AUGGCGAUAGCUAUGAAGGGAAUAUUCAGAGGUCUGAAGAUCAUCGCACAAAUAUUCACAGUGCAGAGGGAGCAUGAGAUCGAGAUCGGGUACCCUACAGACGUGAGGCAUGUAUCGCACGUAGGCCUGGGCGCCAGCGACUCCUGUCCGAGCUGGAUGAAUGAAUUCAGAGGAGGUGAGGAGGUGACAGCAGGAGGACGGGGAGCAUCCAUCGUAAGCUCUGCUGCGCAGUCCAGGCACAUCUCCUGGGCUUGCCUAGACUUCGAGCAACCAGCGACAGGCGCGGCGGCGGCGCCGCCGACGGAGGCCUGCGCGGACAGCAGGUCGGGCCAGGACGGCGCCGCGAGAGGAGGCGGGCCCGUGACAGCAAAGAAGGCGGCGAGGCCGAGGAGAGCCUCCCGGGCGGCGUCGCCCGGCGGCUCGUCCUCGUGGCGGUCCACGGCGUCGUUCGCCACGGCGUGCGAUGGCCACUCCUGCGAGCUGCACGUCCCCGCCGGCCUGCAAGCCGCCUGA